CCUGGGCUGCGAGGGGGAGAGAGCCGCUGACUGACAGCAGUGCCUGCCUGAACCUGAGCUCGGGGGCCUGCCGGCUUGGAGCAGGAGCUGGCCUCGCUGAGUGCCAGACCCCGGAGAUGGCCUUGCUGUGCUACAACAAAGGCUGCGGGCAGCGGUUUGACCCGGAGAAGAACAGCCCAGACUCUUGCCUUCAUCAUCCAGGCCUCCCCAUCUUCCACGAUGCCUUGAAGGGCUGGUCUUGCUGCAAGAAGCGAACCACGGACUUCUCAGAAUUCCUCUCCAUCAAGGGCUGCACAAGAGGGUAUCACAGCAGUGAGAAGCCCCCGGAGCCCGAGGAAGCCUUGCCUGAGUCGAAGGUCAAACCGAGCACUGAGAUCAUCAUCCAGGGGCCGAAAUCAGCGGAGAAGAUGGAGCGGGAGAGGCCCAGUCCUGAUGAGGCAAAGCAGCUGCUGCCGGUAAAGGUGUCUGGGUCCUUGGCACAGGCCCUGGAGAAGCUGAACCUGUCCCCCGAGGAGCAGAAUCCUGUGCCUGGCUCUGCAGACACCAGGGCUGUCCUGGAGGUGAGCGUCGGCACCACCUGCAAGAACUCCGGCUGCAAGGCGGUCUACCAGGGGGAAGAGAGCAACCUGGAGACUUGCACAUUCCACCCUGGGGUGCCCGUCUUCCACGAGGGCAUGAAAUACUGGAGCUGCUGUGGAAUUAAAACCACAGACUUCACUGCAUUCCUGGAGCAGAAGGGCUGCAGCAGAGGGAAGCACACCUGGGUGAAGAAGCAGGACAAGCAGCUGGUCUCCUGCCGGCAGGACUGGCACCAAACCAGCAGCCAGGUGGUGGUGACCAUCUAUGCCAAGACGCCUCUGCCGGAUUUCAGCUCGGUGAAGGCCAACCGCACCGUGCUGGACAUCCACGUCAUCUUUGAGGGAAACAAGGUCUUCCAGGUGGAGCUAGAUCUCUGGGGGGUCGUCAACGUGGAGAGGAGCUUUGUGAACAUGGUGCCCUCCAAGGUGGAGAUCACCCUGCAGAAGGACAGCCCCGUCCCUUGGGCCAGGCUGGAGCACCCGCAGAGCCGAGCACAGGCCAAGAAUCAGCAGCAGCAGCAGCUGGAAGCAGAUGCCUUGGAAGCCAAAGACGCGUCCCAGGAAGAGUCGGACGACAGCCUGAGCUGGUCUGAGGAGGAAGAUGAAGAGUGGGGGGUAGGGAGCGAGAGCCAAGCCUUCUUCAGCCCCGCUUCCGGUGGAAACUGAGCCACCCUGGAGUCCUGGGACCCGAGGCUUGGGAGCAAGAGAGACAGCCUGACUGCUUCGUGUUCCUCUUCUGGCUGCAGAACAGAGGGGCACUUGGCCAGGUGGUGCAACAAGAACCUUUGUCAGAAACAGACUUGGCUGCUGCUUUUAGUCUGCCUGGAGUUUUGAGGCCAUCUGGCCUGGGAUGCUAGCAAAGAGGGUGGGUGAGGGCCAGAGGUGGUGGAGCGGACACCUGGAACGCCUCCUCUCAAUGUCCAGCUCUUGCUGGUUCUCAUCAGUGAAAUAAAAGCAACUCCAUCCAGCAUGAAGAAAGGUACAGAGUAUGUUUGUUUAUGCUGGGCUCUAUAGCCCAGUUUGGGCAGGUGGACAAGUCAGUUCCGCACAGCUUUGUGGUUCCCAUUUCUGAAUCAGGGCAGACCUCAGGCCCAUUAACACAUUAUGUUCAACACUCGUAUAACAAGUGUAUAACAAUGUACACAAGUACAGAUCUGUACACAGGUACAGUCAUUCACAUGUUGUGCUGAAUGCAGGUUCAGAAGUACACUUCCUGUCUGAACUAUGGAUUUGAAGGGCCUGUAUCCAGGUUCACUUUUAAGAUGAACACAGGUACAGUCAUUCACACAAACACAUGUAUGAGUGUACUACCGACAUCUGUACACUUGUACAGCAUAAUGUCUGAAUCAGGCUUUCUUCUUGCUGCCACUCUGGGUAUGACUGUACUCAAUAGGGCAGUUCACACAAUCAAAAAUGGAGAAGCCACCUACCCUAAUUUGGGAGUAGUUUGCUGAUUGUGUGUCAGUCAAAAACGGGGCUGGGAGCUUGAUUGUGAGCGAAGCCUCAGCUGGAUGGGAUGUUUCCCCCAGCCUACCUCAUUCUGAAGCUGGGGACAAAAUCUGGGUAGGGCAUGCUCAUCCUACACAGCUGGGGGCUUCGCUCACAACCAAGUUCCUGUCUCCGAACUUGUUUUUAACUGACAACUGGCAAAUGGGAGCACACCCAACACCCAAAUUAGGGUAAGAGGCUUGCCCUAAUGUCGACUGUGCGAACUGCCCUGAUGUUUGUUUAACUGCCCAGGAGAAUUUUUGUGUUUUAACAUUUAUAUCCCAAUCUUCCUCCAAGGAGCUCAGUGCAUGGUUAUGUUUAUCCUCACAACAACCCUGUGAGGUAGAUUAGGCUGAGAGAUACAUGACUGGCAGAGUCGCCCAGUGAGUUUCAUGGUUGAAUGGGGAUUUGAACUUGGGGCUUCCCGGUCCUAGUCCAACACUCUAACCACCACUAGAACAAACUGGAUAAUGCUGCCAAUAAUGGACAGAAGCAAAAUGCUGGAAGGCCAAAUGGCACAGCAUCAUUUAAGGAUGAGAGUGAAGAAAGAGCAGAGAGAGGUGUGAUGGAUACUCUUCUCCUGGCAGCCUUGGCAGUGCACUGUCAAUUGUGCAAGGCUCUGUACUCCUGGGAGUUCCUGGAAGCCGGUUGCAGGAAUGCAGGUCCCCUCUUCUAUGAAGAAGAGGUACCUUCCUUAUGAGGCAAGGCUAUAACAUCUGAGGCUUUUUAGUUUUGAAAAAAGACUAAGGGGAGACAUGGUCUACAUAUGCAUGGUGUGGAGAGGGCGGAGAGAGAGAGGUUCUUCUCCCUCUCUCGCAGCGCUAGAACCAGGGGUCAUCCCAUGAAGCUGAUGGCCACAAAAUUUAGGACUGGCAAAAGGAAGAGACAACUCCUGCUCUUUUCUUGACAGCUCUCUGAGUAUUUCCCAGCAAAUUUGCCUCAAUGUUAAUAAGUACCACUCAAGUCCCUCUUUUUAUUUCAGAGUUAUUUGGGUGCCAAAUAGCACAAGCAACAAAAUCUGAUGCUUUCCUGCAGAAUGUAGAUUGCUUUCCUUUUCUUCCCGAUUUGAAAAAAGUAAUAAAAAAUAAAUGGAAUUGUG